GGCACUCGGAAGGGGCGUUACGAUUUUCAGAGCGAACCCGGCGAAUUCUCGCGCGAACUCGUGGAUCCGGAUUUUGCAAUUUUGGCAUUUAUUUAAUUUCAUAUACCAGUAUACAUUUUGACAAUAUGCACAGAUUUAACCGGCUGACUACAGCUUGUUGUGCGUGAGAAGGCAGCUAGUGAUUACCGUAUUUUGGAAAUAGCGUUAUUUUCAUUACCUACACAUUUUUUCACAUUUGCCAAUGGAUUACCAGAAACUGGUUGUGACGUAAUAGAAUAUUUCAGUUUCAAGUGCGUGACUCGGAGUUUUCGUUACUUUAGUUCGGGAGUUAAUGUUUCUGAAGAGUGAAAUCUGAUAGUUUUCUCAAUACUAGCUCAUUAAUGGUAGUGUUGUUUUUGUAAUGAACUUAGGUGUCCUCGAGAUUAUGACUAACGGUCACGUCAGAGAUCAGGAAGAGAAUGAUGUACAGAUGAUAUAGCCGCACCGAAAAAAGGAGAGGAGAAUCGAUUUCAGCGAACAACCAGUAUCGUGGCAGUGUGAAGGGGUUCGUUGAAUAAAACAUUAGACUGUUUGCCCGCUCAGGUUAAAACUUAUUUAAAAACAUUGUGAACGGAAGCCUCGGUGUAUAAUUCAGUAUUUUGAAGCUGUUCAUCGGAUUUUUUUCGCAGAAAGUGGAAGCUCACUCGAAGAGCCGGGAAAAACUCGCGAGAAGUAUGAUUGGUUACUGUCGGUCCCCGCCGUUCAAAGUGCGUGCAGAGGAAAGUGUUACGAAAAUUUCGCGGCGUAUGUAAGCGUUACGGAGCAAAUGGCUGUCGGCAGUUUGUUUCUCGUGGCGCUUUUGCAGAUAUUAUUUCCAGGUGCUUGGGCGCUACGGGGCGUGCACCUGGAAAUUUUGCCAGAGGCAGUCAGAAGAGGCGAGAACGCAACUCUGCUGUGUCUGUACGACCUAGAGGGCGCGCCCUUGUAUUCGGUGAAAUGGUACCGCGGGAGCCAUGAAUUUUUUAGAUUCUCGCCUCAAGAAACGCCUAAGGCCAAGAUAUUUCCCUUUGAGGGCGUCAACGUCGAUUUUAGGAAUUCCAACGCUAGCCAGGUGACCCUGCUAUCAGUUGGUUUCAAACUCUCUGGCAACAUAAGUUGUGAGGUGACGACUGAUGCACCUGCGUUUUCCUCAGCUCUAGUUUCCCAUCACAUGAUGGUCAUAGAUUUGCCGGAGCGAGGCCCAACUGUGAUAACAGAGAAGAACACCUACGAUGUCGGCGAGACUUUGCGAGCGAACUGCACCUCACCACCAUCUAGGCCGCACGCUACGCUCAGCUUCUUGUUGAACAACAUACCGGUUGGAAAGCCGGAGGACAGCUUUGUAUUUUCCACCGAAGAUUCUCGGCAAUGGAGUUCGCUGUCUCUCGAGGUCGUCCUAGAACCCCAAUAUUUUAGCAAUCGAGGAAUUUUAGAGCUUAAAUGUACAGCACUAGUGACUACUUUGUACAGAAACACAACGCAAGUGCAGCUCAAAUCAAGUAUAUCGGAGCCAAUACCAGAACGAGUGACGCUUCCCAGCCAAGCUGCACCCGGAGCGAUCGUCUCGGCCGUUCUCCUUGCUCUUCUUCUAACCACAAGCACCGUCCUCAGAUAGCUCAACUGCCACUAAAUCUUCUUGGCGCUUAUUCCCGAUGUCACAGCGCGCGAAUCUGAUCCAUGAAAUGGAAAAUUAGACUUAUGCUAACCGAAAUUUUCCUCAUUUAGGGGCUGUAAUCCUCAUCGAGUAUUUUGCAAAAGCACUCGACGGCCCAAGGCCCGAAUUCAUAGUCCACGGUGAUUCCUCAUUGGCGGAUCCAGCAAGUUGGCAACAUUGUUUUUCUCCAUUUAAACCUAUAGACCGUAUUCGAUAACGGUUCGAUGUAUCGUUUGGUUCAAA